CGGGAAGUCCCCCCCUCUUCCGGCGCUGUUGGUGCCGCCCGGCCCAUCGCGCACCGCCCCCGGUCCCACGUGAGCGGUUUCCCGGCGUGCCCCGCGCUCGGCCGCCGCAGCCUCCGCUUCGCUCCGCGCCCCGCGCUCCCGGGAACCGCCCGAGCGAGCCCCGCGCGGCGGGGCCGGGCCGCCCGCCGCCGCCAUGUCCGGCGGGGACUCCACGGCCGCGGCCGCCGCCGCCUCCCCGCAGCCGCUGCCGUUCUCGCUGCCGAAGCCGCCGCCCCUCAUGCAGCUGACGCCGGGCGACGCCGUGCGGCCGGUGGGCUCGGGCGCCGACCAAUCGCCGAAGAGCGCGCGGCUGGCGGCGCGCCCCGAUUGGCCGGCGGGGAAGCCCGUCAGCCUGCUGGCGCCGCUGCUCCCGCCCCGCGGGGAGCCCGAGCCGCUGCUGCCCUUCGGGCCCGCGGCGCCGCGGCCGCCGCUGCGCGGGCGCCUCCUGGGCCGCUGCGGGAGCUCCCUGCUCAGCCCCGCCAUGCGGCCCGGCGGCGUCGACCGCGGCUCUCUCAUGAUGGGACACCCGGGCAUGCCCCACUACCCCCCGAUGGGGAUGCACCCCAUGGGGCAGAGGCCCCCCAACAUGCCCCCCGUGCCCCACGGGAUGAUGCCGCAGAUGAUGCCCCCCAUGGGGGGACCCCCCAUGGGCCAGAUGCCUGGGAUGAUGCAGUCGGUGAUGCCUGGGAUGAUGAUGUCCCACAUGUCCCAGGCUGCCAUGCAGCCCACGGUCCCUCCAGGAGUGAACAGCAUGGAUGCACAAGUAGGUGUGACCCCUCCUGGCACUCAGCCGACGCAUCCCGUGGUGUCCACAGUGCAGCAGAGCUCCACCACCCCCAGCGCUGCCAGCGAGGACCACUCCAAGCAGAAAUCCACGUGGACGGAGCACAAAUCCCCGGAUGGGAGAACUUAUUACUACAACACCGAGACCAAGCAGUCCACGUGGGAGAAGCCAGACGACCUCAAAACCCCUGCUGAGCAAUUGUUAUCCAAGUGUCCCUGGAAGGAGUAUAAAUCCGACUCUGGGAAGCCUUAUUAUUACAAUUCCCAAACCAAGGAAUCCCGCUGGGCAAAACCCAAAGAGCUGGAGGAUCUUGAAGCAAUGAUUAAAGCUGAAGAAAACAGCACGAAGCCGGAGGACGCCGCCGCCGCCUCAGCCCCGGCGGCAGCCGCGGAUGCCGCGAGCGGAGCGGGCACAGCGCCGGCCGCCGACAGCGCCGCGGCCACGGCGGCCACGGGAGCUGUCCCCGAGGGGGAGCCCGCCCCGGCCGCCGCCGCGGGGGACACGGACGGCGCCGCCACGGCCGCGCCCGAGGAGCAGGGCCAGGGCGGCGCCGCGCCCGGCGCGCAGGACGGCGCCACCGACGCCGCCACGGCCGCCGCGGAGGAGGCCAAGCAGGAGGCGGCCGGAGAUGCUGCUGCAAAGAAGGAGGAUGAGGAUGUCCAGCCAGUUAAGAAAACCUACACGUGGAACACAAAGGAAGAGGCCAAACAAGCAUUUAAAGAACUGUUAAAAGAAAAGCGGGUUCCAUCCAAUGCUUCCUGGGAGCAGGCCAUGAAAAUGAUCAUUAAUGACCCCAGAUACAGUGCUUUGGCAAAGCUGAGUGAGAAGAAGCAGGCCUUCAAUGCCUACAAAGUUCAGACGGAGAAGGAGGAGAAGGAGGAGGCCAGGUCCAAGUACAAGGAAGCCAAGGAAUCCUUCCAGCGCUUCCUGGAAAACCACGAGAAGAUGACAUCCACCACCAGAUACAAGAAAGCUGAGCAGAUGUUUGGGGAGAUGGAGGUGUGGAAUGCCAUAUCCGAGCGGGACCGCCUGGAGAUUUACGAGGAUGUGCUGUUCUUCCUGUCCAAGAAGGAGAAGGAACAAGCCAAGCAGCUGCGGAAGAGGAACUGGGAGGCUCUGAAGAACAUUCUGGAUAACAUGGCCAACGUCACCUACUGCACCACCUGGUCAGAGGCGCAGCAGUACCUCAUGGACAACCCCACCUUCGCCGAGGACGAGGAGCUCCAGAACAUGGAUAAGGAGGAUGCCCUGAUCUGCUUUGAGGAACACAUCCGGGCCUUGGAGAAAGAGGAGGAGGAAGAGAAGCAGAAAAGCUUGCUGAGGGAAAGGAGGAGGCAGCGUAAAAAUAGGGAGUCUUUCCAGCUGUUCCUGGAUGAGCUGCACGAGCACGGGCAGCUGCACUCCAUGUCCUCGUGGAUGGAGCUGUACCCGGCCAUCAGCUCCGACAUCAGGUUCACCAGCAUGCUGGGCCAGCCGGGAUCAACUGCGCUCGACCUCUUCAAGUUCUACGUGGAGGAUUUAAAAGCUCGUUACCACGAUGAGAAGAAGAUAAUUAAAGACAUCUUAAAGGAUAAAGGGUUUGUGGUGGAAGUGAACACUUCCUUCGAGGAUUUUGUCACUGUCAUCAGCUCCACUAAAAGAGCCACCACGUUGGACGCAGGGAAUAUCAAGCUGGCUUUCAACAGUCUGCUGGAGAAGGCGGAGGCGCGGGAGCGGGAGCGGGAGAAGGAGGAGGCGAGGAAGAUGAAGAGGAAGGAGUCGGCCUUCAAGAGCAUGCUGAAACAGGCCACGCCCCCCAUCGAGCUGGACGCUGUCUGGGAGGACAUCAGAGACAGGUUUGUGAAGGAACCAGCAUUUGAAGACAUCACCCUGGAAUCUGAAAGGAAAAGGAUAUUCAAGGAUUUCCUUCAUGUACUUGAGCACGAGUGUCAGCACCACCACUCCAAGACCAAGAAACAUUCGAAGAAAUCCAAGAAACACCACCGGAAGCGCUCCCGUUCCCGCUCCGGCUCAGAGUCCGAGGAUGACGACAGCCACUCCAAGAAGAAGCGGCAGCGCUCGGAGUCGCGGUCGGCGUCCGAGCGCUCGUCCAGCGCCGAGUCCGAGAGGAGUUACAAGAAGUCCAAAAAGCACAAGAAGAAGAGCAAGAAGAGGAGGCACAAGUCUGAUUCACCAGAAUCCGAUGUGGAACGAGAGAAGGACAAGAAAGAAAGAGAGAGGGACAGUGAGAAGGAAAGAGCCAGACAGAGAUCCGAGUCCAAGCAUAAAUCUCCCACUAAAAAACGGCCUGGAAAAGAUUCCGGAAACUGGGACACCUCUGGCAGCGAGCUCAGCGAGGGGGAGCUGGAAAAGCAGAGGAGGACUCUUUUGGAGCAGCUGGAUGAAGAUCAAUGAGAAGAUCCUUGAUACCAAAAAUGUUUACAGAACCUGCUGCAGAAUGUACCUGCACAGCCCAGAGGAGGGAGGAGGAAGCAGCUCCAGCCCUGUUUUCCAGCCCCUGCACGUUCAGGAAGGCGCCCCCAGCCCUGCUCGGUGAGAAAAUUGGGAAGCCGCUGUCCUUGGAAUAUUUUUGUACAUUUUUAUCAAUGAUUAAACCUUGUCUUUUAGCA